AUUGUAUUAUACAUUUUUGCAUUUUAAAUUCGUAUUCAUAGAAUUUAAUUACUGAUUAGUAAAUUGUUAACUACAUUUUGAUUAGAAUUAAAUUGUCCUAGAAAAGUGUACAACAGUGCAGUUUACCAGAUUAUGUAAAAUAUCAAAUUUGAUACCUAUAAUGAUUAAAGAUUGGUAUUUACUGUUCAUGUAUUAGUAUGUUGUAGCUUAAUGCUUACAGUUUUCUGUGCUUAUAGAUACCUGAUUACAGAUUGUGAGCUAUUCUAUUUUGUAAUUUGUAUGCAAAUUAUAUUAUAAUUAAAAUUUAAAAAUGUUAAUUAAUUUAAUCAUAUUACAAUUUUGUAUAAAUAUUGGUUUACAUUUAAAAUUUUCAGUUAAAAGUUCUUAAAACCUUUGAUAUAUUUUCAAUAUUAUUAAAUUAUGGCUGAUUCAGGACAAUUUAAAAAGGUAAUGUAUACUUAUCGUUAUAAUUUGAUUCUAAGUGUAAUUCAAUAAAAUGUCUAUAAAUGUCCUGUAUUAAAUCAAUUUAAGUUACAUUGAGAUUUUACUGUUUUUAAAUCUAAGUAUUACCUAAUUAAUAUGAAGCAAUUAACAAUUUAUAUUUUUAAACUAUAAUCUUAAAACAUUCCAAAUGAUAAGUGCUAGACAUUUUUUUAUUCUGGAAAAUAAUAUGUCCUGUUAAUCAUUGUUAGAGCACUGGAAUAGUAUCUUUUAAACAUUAGGUAUCAUUUUGAAUAUUCUAUUAUAAAUAGCUACUUUUGUUAACAGUUAAUUAUGUGGGCUCAAAUGAUAAAUAUGUGCAAUAAUAUUCAACAAAUUAAAUUUUACAAUAAAAUUAUACCUAGGUACCUUUAUUGAGGUUGAUUAAAAAAAUCAUAUCAUAUAAUCAAUGAUUUAUCGUGUUUUUAUAAUUUUUUAAAAAAAAAUAUGGAAUUUAUUUUCCUGUAUUAACUUUUAUUUUAUAUUUCUUUAAUAAAUUGUGUACCUAAUAGAAGUUACUUAAAUUUUGGUUUUAUAGUAUAUAGCAGAACAAAAACUUAAAGCAUUUUCUAUUGGUGCAAUGGGAAAAACACAACCUUCAAAAAAAGAAUUAAGUGAACAAAAAAAAAAGGAAGAAGAACAUGCUGCUGCCCAAGUACCUAAUCAUUAAUUUUUAAAUACUUAUCUUCAACAUUUGUAUUAAAAGUAACUCAUCUAAUUAUAGAUUGUUGUUAUUAAAUUUUGUAGGCCUUUGAAGAGUUUGUAGCUACUUUUCAAAAUGAAGGGAAGAAAACUAGCAAGGUUUGGGUAAAAGCGGGUACAUAUGAUGCUGGGAAGAGACGUAAGCUAAAAGAAAAUAUUGAUUUUUAAAUUGAUCUAAACACUUAACUACACUUUAGAUGAAGAUACCCGAGAAAAAGGUAAAUUAUACAAACCUCAAGCAAGAGGAAAUGCAGAUUCCUUGGAUAAAGCUGAUGACCUUACUCGCUUUAUGGGUGAACGUAAAACUGAACGAAUGCUCACAAAAAAAAAGAAAGAAGGGGAAAAAAAAAAGAGUAAUCUAGAAUUAUUCAAAGAGGAACUUAAGAUGUAAUUUUUUUAAUUAUAAAAUUUCAAACUUUUAAAUAAAGUACUUAAUAAAAUGCAUUAAUCUAUAUUGAUUAUAAGGAUUCAAGAAGAAAGAGAGGAAAGACAUAAGUUUAAAGGAGUUUUACAAAAAACCAUUGAAGAUCCUGAAAUUAAAAGUAAUGAAAAAAAAGUUGAGACAUUUUUAUUUAAUAAUAUAAUAUUUGUAUUAUUAAAUCUAUGUUUAGAUUUAAUUAUGAUUGAGCCUGAUGAAAUUAAAGGUUCAUUUGAUUCAGGAGAUCCAAAUACUACAAAUCUAUACUUAGGAAACCUUAAUCCUAAAGUAAUAUAUUCAAUAUGUUUAGUUAAAUUAUUUAUUUAUCUAUAAAUAUUUUAUAAUUAUAGAUUACUGAAGCUCAGUUAAUGGAAGUUUUUGGUAAGUAUGGUCCACUGGCUAGUAUAAAAAUAAUGUGGCCUAGAUCUGAUGAAGAAAAAGCCAGAGGACGUAACUGUGGUUUUGUUGCUUAUAUGAGUCGCAAAGAUGGCGAAAGGGCACUAAAGUAUUUAAAUGGUAUAUUAAUCAUUAUAAUUUAUUAGCUUUCAUUUUAAAUAUUUUAUACUAUUUUUGAAUGUUAAAAUUAUUUGAUACAUUUAAAACUUUUAGGAAAAGAUGUCAUGUCAUAUGAAAUGAAAAUGGGAUGGGGGAAAAGUGUACCCAUACCUCCUCACCCAAUUUUCAUCCCGCCUGCAUUAUUAGCUAUAACACUACCGCCGCCUCUUUCUGGAUUACCUUUUAAUGCUCAGCCAAUUUUACCACAAAAAGAAAAAAAGGUAACAUUUUACAAAAAAAUUAAAUAUAAAACCUUGUGUGUAUAGUGGUAGUAAUAAUACUUUAGUUAAAUUUUUUAACCCUAACACAAUAUUUAGUUUAGAAUAAAUUUAUUUCUUAAACAAAUACUAACUUACAAAGAUUUUUUUUUUUGUCUUUCUGAAGAUUGGUUUUUAAUGUUUAUAUCCAAUGAUUUUUAUGUUUUACGUUUUUGCCAAACAUAAAUGUAUGGUGGUUCACAUCAAAAUCUAUGAAAACACAGACAUCGCGAAAUUAUAAGGGUUCCUUUUUUGUCAUUUAGGCUACAAAACGAUAACAAUUUAUAUUCUUUAAAGUCAAUUUCUAUUGUUUAUUCUUUUUACCAAUCAUUUUUGAUUAAAAAGAUCUAAUAUGUAUCAUAUAUUCUCAUUCAUACCCUUGUCUUAUUCGAGAAAGUUAAAGUUUUAGCUAAAGUAUACAUUACUGACCCCCUAGUAAAUUUUAGUUUUCUUUUUCACUGUUGAAGACAAUGGCACAACAUUAUUAUUUUAGAUGUUACUGGUUGUAUGGUUAAUAGUGUGUAUUCUUCGUGCAAAACACAUUACGUUGCUAUAAAUUAUGAAUCACAAAUUUAGUAUUUUUUAAUUUGUGUUUGAUGGUGAAAAAUGUAUACUUAAUCUCGUGUAACAUAGUUUAAAAUAUUGGGUACCUACUUCCUAACACAAGUAUCAGGUUUGGGCCCAUAACCUUGUAUGUUAUUGAUUAAAUCAAGUGUUCAUCACACUCAUACCUGUAAUUAUUUACCUUACAAUCAGCAACUUAAAAACAAAAUUUUGAAAUAUGUAGAAGGUAGAUAAAGUAAAUUUGUUUUAUAGUUAUAUAAUGUAUUAUACUUCUAGCUAAGUUUUAAAUAACUAAACAUUUUUUUACUGCAGAAUCAUGGACGUUUACGACAAGAAAGUGGAUAUUUCGAUAGGAGUCAACCAUUGGAAAAGGUAUUUCAUAUAUUAAUAUGAUUUUCUUGUCUGUGUUAUAUAAUUUACUCGAUCCGACUAUUUCUUAAGUACUGCCCAAAUAUACAGCAGGCAGGCAGAUUAAGGAUUUUGAAUUUUAAAAUACAUUAAUAAUUUGAUAUUGUCGGAUCGAGAUACUGUGUAACCUAAAUAUAUACAUAUUGAUAAUGAUCAAUAUAAAAAAAAAUAUAUAAAUAAAAUUUUAUUGUUUUGAAAUAUACCUAAAUAAACAACAAACUUUAUUUUAUACCAAUUGCUUUUUUGUGACAGAUAUUACCGCAGACUAUCAUUAAAGUUGUUAUACCCACAGAAAGGUAACAUUUUCAUUUGUGUGAUGUAAAUUAAUUUAUAAUAUAAGGUAUAAGUAAGAUUAAAAUUUCUCAGAAGAUUUCCCUUAUUAUGCUAUUGAUGCCAGCCUGCUGAAGAAAAGAGAAGCAUUGACAAAAUAAAAUUAUAAAUUAAUGGUUUAAUAACAAUAUUUUAUACACAUUUUUAGGAACUUGUUGAUGCUUGUACAUCAUAUGAUAGAAUUUGUAAUUCGAGAAGGACCAUUAUUUGAAGCUAUGAUAAUGAACAAAGAGUUAAACAACCCAAUGUUUCAGUAAGUACUUUAUACAAAAUAGUACAGUUUAAUCAAUAAUAAAUGAAGGGUACAGGGAAAAAACCAGAAGUCACUUUUUUUCCAAAAUGGUGCUAUCGUUAUCAAAUAAUUUGUGUUGGCAUAUUGUAUCUUUUAUGCAAUUGAAAUGGCGAAAAAACUAAAUUAGUCAAAAGUAAUGAAUGCCAGAAGUUUAAGCCUACAGGAAAAAAAAACAGAUUAUCAGUUUAUAACCAAGUAAGUGUUGGGUUAAUACACAACUAUGACCUUGUUUAAUAAUAUAAUAUGACAUUAUGUUUUGGUCACUAUAUUUUAAAGCUUUACAUUCUGAAUUUUUUACUUUGUAAAAAAAAGUUAUAUUUUUUUAAAAUUAAAAACACGUUUUUCUUAGUUUGAAAAAAAGUGACUUUUCUGACUUUUUUCCUGUACCCUUCAAUAAGUUUUGUUCAAUAUUUUCAUAAAUUUUCUUAUUUAAUUAUAUUGGAAACACUAAUUUGUUCUUACUUAUCAAUAUAUUUUUUUAAUCAAUUUGUACAUUAAUGGUUAGUAUUGCCUGUUUACACUUGCAUAGUAUAAACUUACAGCUGCACUUUUAAUUCAGAAGCAAAAAUAAUUAUUUAGCUAUUUUUUUAAAAUUUAUUUUUAUUUUGUAAUAAGUGAUUUUAUUUUAUCAGGUUUUUGUUUGACAACUGUUCACCAACUCACCUGUACUAUAGAUGGAAGUUAUUUUCAAUGUUACAAGGUGAUACUCCUAAAGAAUGGCGUACUGAUGAGUUUCGUAUGUUUAAGGGUGGAUCAAUAUGGAGACCACCACCCAUGAAUCCAUAUACUAUUGGUAUGCCUGAAGAACUGGUUCCAGAAGAAGAUUUAUUAACAAGAACAAAAGGUACAUUAAGCGUAUCACAACGAGAAAGAUUUGAAGAGCUUAUAAGGAACAUGACUCCAGAGCGAUUAAAGGUGGCUGAAGUCAUGGUAUUUUGUGUAGAACAUAGCGAUGCGGUUGAAGAAAUAUGUGAUUGUAUUCAAGAAUCAUUAUCUAAUUCUACCACUGCAUUACAUAAAAAAGUAAAAUUUAUUAUUCAUUGGUAUUUAUUUUAUUUUUAUAUACAUUUCAUUAAUAUACAUUUAUAUUUUUUAAAAAAUGUCAUUUUAGAUUGCCAGACUUUAUUUGAUAUCAGAUGUCUUACAUAAUUGUGGUUUAAAGGUUAUAAAUGCAACACAGUUUAGAAGAGGGUAAAUUAUUAACAUUUUUUUAUUUGUUUUUAUGUGAACAAUAUUAAAUAAUGAGUAUUAAUUUUAUAACAGGUUUGAAACAAGAUUGAUUUCUAUUAUGGAAGAAGCUCUUAAAACUUACAAAAGUUUAGAUUCUCAAAGUCAAGCUGAUGGUUUUAAACAUCGUAUAUUACAAAUUUUUCGAGCCUGGGAAGAGUGGGAUAUUUAUCCAAAAGAAUUUUUGUUUAGAUGUCAAAACACUUUUCUUGGUCUUUCUACAAAUGAAGUAUUUCUAGAUAAAUUUUUUAUACGCAAUUUUAUUAUAAACUUAAUUCUAAUUUGUAGAUACCUCAAGAACUAGCUUUGUCUCGUGAAGAUUCACAUUACAACUCAAAUGAAAAACCUCUUGAUGAUUCUGAAAAUAUAGAUGGUGCUCCAUUAUCAGAUACUGAUAAUCCAGAUAAUGAGGAUUUAGAUGGUAUACCAUUGGAUGGUGCUACAUUGUUAAAACAUGCAUAUGAUGAUACACCUCCUGGCGAUGCUGACAUUGAUGGUGUUCCUUGUUAGUUGUUCUUAUUUAAAUUAAUAGUUUCACCAUUAUAUUAUAUAAGUAGUCCAAUGUACACAAAGUUAUUCAAAUUUCACUGACAAAUUGUACAUAAAAUAAUUAUUUUAAAAAAAAUUGACAAAAAACUUUUUGUAAUCAUAUAUUCCUUAUUUUAAGAGGUAAAAUGAUUACCGCAUUUUUGUGUUGAAAUUAUUGAUUUCCGUCAACCCAUAACAAUUUAUUCUAUUUUUAAGUUUGAUUUUAAAUGUCAUUUUUUUAAUAGUAUAUAAUAAGUAUUUCAUGAAAAAUUUGACUGAAAUUUAAAUAACCCAUAGUUUAAUUGUAACAUAGAAUAUAUCAAACUAAACUUACUAUUUUUUUUUUUUUAUAACUUAUAGUAAUUUAAAAAUAUUUUGUUAAUAAUUUUAUCAAAUGUGUAUGUCUUAUUUAGUAUUAGAUGAAGAUAUAGGCAGUGUGCCAUUAACAGGAGAUCCAUCAGGAAAAAAUAUUAAAGCAGCUGCAUUUGUUCCAUCUAGAUGGGAAACUGUAGAUCCUCACGAAGCUGAAGAACAAGCAAUGACUACCAGUAAAUGGGAGAUGUUAGAAAGAGAAAAUAAAAAUUACAAUACUGAGUCCAUAGAUCAAGAUUCACAAGAUGAUGAUUUAAAUGAAACAAGGUAAAUAUUUAAAUAAUAAUAAUAGACAACUAGAAAUGGAUAGUGAAAUGUAUUGUUAACAUUUUUGUUAAAAAUAUAUUGGUUUUAAUUUUAUAUGUAUUUAAUUUUCAGAGAAAAUACAGAUGACCGAAGAGCUAAAUUAAGAGAGAUUGAAGUAAAAGUUAUGCAGUAUCAAGAUGAGUUAGAAUCUGGCAAACGUGCAUUGAAAGGUGGAUGGAAUAUUUACCAACAAGUGGAACAUUAUAGAAGAAAACUUCUUAAAAAAGUGAACAAGUCUCCGGUAAAUUUAUUUAUAGCUGCUAACUUUAAUUAGGUAUAAUGAUUUUUUUUUUUUUUUGAAGGAAAAAGAAUUAAAAUUGGAAAAAGAUAAAAAAGAAAAAGACAAAAUCACUAAAAGAUUAAGUCCUGAUGAAGAUUUCCGAGAUGGUAAAAAAAAGAAACGAUCUAGAAGUCCUUCAAGUAGCCCUGCAUAUAGUAAAUGGUCAUCUCAUAGUAUAAGGUAAGAUGGAAUUAACUUAGUAUAUGUAUACUUCAAAUAUCAAAUACCAAUUGUUACUUUUUCAGAAGUGACAGCUCAAGUCCCCCAUCAAGAAAAAGACCAAAUUCACCUCAGCGUAGUAACAAAAAAUCAAGAACAUCACCUGUUGAUUCUCCACAUUCAUCAUCGAGAAGGAGAGAGCGUGAAGAAAGACAUAAUUAUCGACAUAAAAGAUCACAUUCACGUUCACCCCAUCGACAUCGUGCACGUACACCUCCAACACCACAUACAUGUCGGAAACAUAAACAUAAAUAUUGAAUAAUUAAAUACAAAUAUUGUUCACAUUCAUUAUUAUUCAUCAUAGACCCUAGUAUUUUCCUAUAUUUAUAAAUAAUUAAUUUCUAAAAUUAUUAUUACAUUUUAAAUAGGUUAUUAAAAACAAAACUACUUCCUUGCUAAUUUCUAAAACAUGAUUUUUAAACUUAAGUCCAAAUAACUAUUGUAAUUAUAAUUCUUGUGUAAUAUAAUAAUGAAAUUAA